AUGAAGAGAGCUUUAGGGGUGGGAGGAUUGGUCGCCUCGAGUGGGGCUUUGUGCGCGGCGACUUUAGGCGGUGGUGGCGGGAGGAACUUUGUGAAACCAAACGCGGGAGGCGGCGGUGGUGGAGGCGGCGGAGGCGGAGGGAAUAGCACGGAUUUUACGGAUAUGUAUGGGAAAAUCUUAGAGUCGUCGUCGUCGUCGUCGGGAGGAGGAGGAAGAGGCACGGCUUUGCAAGAAUAUCCGGAAGUGCUGGUGUUGGACGUGAGAGGGAUGCACUGCGGUGGAUGCGCGGCAAACGUGAGAAAAGUUUUAGAAAACGUCGCGUCUGUGCAAAGCGCAAACGUAAACUUAGCGAACGAAAGCGCCGUGGUGAGAAUUGCGGUGAGACUGGAUGAGAAGGAUUUGCAGGAGGCGAGAAGCGCAGGAGUAAGAAAUGCGCCUGAUUCUUCCUCGUCGUCUUCGGCUGCAGCAUCGGUGGAAGUUGUAAGCGGAGACGUAGGCGUACAGAUAAUGAUCGCAUCAAUCAAGAAUAAAGCAAAAAUCGAAGGCGAUAAACUCGCCGAAUUAGUCACGGCGUCUGGUUUCCCUACGACGUUGAGAGAUAAUUCCUCCUCGGACGAAUCUAGCGGUGAAUACGAUCAAGGCAUGCAAAGAGCGAAAGAGAAGCGAGAAGAACGCAUCAAACGCAUACGAGAGUCGACGAAGAAAGUUGCUUUGGCGUGGGGUUUAGCAUCUGUGUGUAUUUUAGGACACGCCGCGCACUAUUUGAAGAUCCACUCUCUUGGAUUUUUGUGUAAAACGCAAACGCAUGUAGCAUUAUCGCUCUUUGCGAUGGUUGGACCUGGACGCGAUAUUUUGACAGAUGGUUUCAACGCAUUUAGAAGAGGAGGGCCGAACAUGAAUUCUUUGGUCAGCAUGGGUGCGAUCGCUUCUUUUGGAAUGUCCUCGGUGGCAGCGUUAGUUCCAAAACUUAUGUGGCCGACAUUCUUCGAAGAGCCGGUCAUGUUGUUGGCGUUUGUUCUUCUCGGUCGAGCCGUAGAAGACCGGGCAAAGUUAAAAGCCUCGAGCGAUAUGAGCGAUUUGAUGAAUUUAGUACCUUCUACCUGUCGAUUACUGGUCUCAGAGUCGUCCUCUUCUUCGAAAUCUCCGCUUUCGAAAAUGAUAUCCGUGGAGGCGAUCAAACCAACUGAUAAAAUUUUAAUCUUACCCGGGGACAAAAUUCCAGUCGAUGGAGUCAUCGUGAAUGGUACAUCCUCUGUCGAUGAAGCCGCGCUUACUGGUGAACCCAUCCCCAAGGCCAAGAGGAAAGGCGAUCUAGUAUCUGCCGGAACGAUUAAUUGUGACGGCGUCCUAACGGUUGAAGUAUCAAAGUCUGGGUCCGAGACUACAGUCGCUGGCAUUGUGCGCAUGGUUGAAUCCGCUCAAAAUAGACAAGCUCCUGUUCAAAGACUUGCCGAUGAUAUCUCUGGUGUUUUCACGUACGGAGUCAUGGCAACAUCUGCGGCAACGUUUGCGUUUUGGUCUACAAUUGGAACGAAAAUUUUCCCGUCAGUUGCGGCAGCGUUGGGAGCGUCUGCGGCAACUGUGAACGCCCCAGUACUGAUUGCAGCGCAACUAGCGGCUUCCGUGCUAGUCGUUGCCUGUCCAUGUGCUUUAGGACUCGCUACUCCGACUGCAGUUUUAGUCGGAACGGCGUUAGGUGCGCGCAAUGGUCUUUUGAUUCGAGGUGGAGAUGUUUUAGAAAGAGCAAACGACUUGGACGUCAUCGUUUUUGAUAAAACCGGAACCCUCACUGUGGGUAAACCAACGGUUGAAAAACUCACGACGUCAAAUUUGACGAGCGAGGAUGAAGUUUUAUCCCUCGCUGCUGCGGUAGAGCGAAAUUCGACGCACCCGUUAGCGGUUGCGGUGAAUAAAAGAGCAUCACAGAACGGCAACAAAACGUACGAGUGCGCGGAGGAUUCUUUCAAACAAGAGCCGGGAUUGGGUGCUUUUGGAACCGUAAAUGGGAAGAAGAUAGUCAUCGGUACUAAAGAGUUUGUCGAAUCGUCGUUAAAAUCGUCUGCGUUCCCACCUGAACUCGAAGAUGCUUUCAAACGUUCGAACGAAAACGGAUCAACCACGGUGUGCGUUUCCGUUGACGGUAAAAUGGCUGGAGUUUUUGAGAUUCGCGAUAAACUCAGAUCAAACGCCAAAAUGACAAUCGAACGACUUCGAAAGUCAAAGAACAAGAACUUUGAAAUCAUCAUUCUAUCCGGGGAUCGUCAAGAAACCGCCGAUGCGAUUGCAAAAUCAAUUGGCAUUGAUCCCAAGAAUGUCUACGGAAACGUCCGCCCAGAACAAAAAGCUGAGUUUGUCGAAAAUUUACAAAAAUCUGGUAAAUGCGUCGCUAUGGUUGGUGAUGGAAUCAAUGAUACUGCUGCGUUAGCCGCAGCAAAUGUCGGCAUAGCGAUGGCUUCUGGCGUAGGCGCUGCUUCCGAAGUUGCAUCGAUUGUUCUUCUCGGGAAUCGGUUACCGCAAGUCGUAGACGCCAUCGAUUUAUCCGCGAAGACGUUUGGUAAAAUCAAACAAAAUUUGGCGUGGGCGUUCGGCUAUAACAUCGUGGGUAUUCCCAUCGCAGCCGGUGCACUUUUACCUGCCUACGGACUCGCACUCACUCCGAGCGUUGCAGGUGCUGUGAUGGGCGUGAGCUCCAUCGGCGUAAUGGUGAACUCGCUGCUUUUACAGCUCGAAGGACGGAAAUUUUCCAAAGAAGAAGACGAAGACAAAGAAUAG